AUGUCGGAGCCACCAAGCCCAGGUGAGGAUCCAGAGAAAGGUGGGAUAGCAGAGCAAUUACACAACUCCACAAUCAAAAAACUUACUUGGGAUAACGUCACCGUCACCGUAAAAGAUCGUAAAACCGGGGACCCCAAAAAUCUUCUUGAAAAUGUCGGCGGAAAUGUCAGUGCGGGGGAAGUUCUCGCCCUCAUGGGCCCCUCCGGUUCAGGUAAAACAACUUUGCUCAACUUACUGGCCCGUCGGACUCCCAAAACUAUGAGGCACACUGGCAAUGUGCUUACAGAUGGGAUCUCGCUGUCCCAGACAGGUUUUCAAGAAGCCAACUCAUUCGUCGAGCAAGGAGAUGCCCUGAUUGGAUCAUUGACUGUCCGUGAAACGGUGGAUUUCUCUGCUCGCCUUUCAAUGGACAGGUCAGUGCAAUAUCGACAGCGACUUUCGCGGGUGGACGAGCUACUACGAUCUUUUGGGUUGACUGAGCAGGCUCAUGCUCUAAUCGGCACGCCCUUGCGCAGCGGUAUCAGUGGAGGCCAAAAACGCCGGACUAGUGUAGCUGCGCAACUGGUUACAGAUCCGAAGAUCUUGUUUUUGGAUGAGCCCACCAGUGGUCUUGAUUCAGCGGCGAGCUUUGAAGUCAUCUCAUACUUAAAGGAUACAGCGAGACGAUACAAUCUUCUUGUCAUCGUGAGCAUCCACCAGCCGUCGUCCUCAACAUUUCAGCUAUUCGACAAGCUGCUGCUCCUAUCCCAGGGCAAGAUGUGCUAUUUUGGCAGCAUACCCGAGCUCGCCCCUUACUUCGCCUCCAUCGGCAUCUCAAUACCUUCAAACACCAAUCCUGCCGAAUAUCUUCUCGAACUGAUCAACCUCGACUUCUCCAGAGAUCCUGCCGCAACUGAAAAGCUGCUCGAGAACAUUUACGCUGCCUGCAAAACGCAGAAGAACCCAGAAAGUAUUGCUGAUCCGUCCUCCAACACCUCCUCCCUCUCCGUCGCUUCAUCUGCCAAACCCUCCACACUAUCUACAGUCCUCACCCUCCUCCACCGCCUCUACAUCAAAUCCUACCGCGACGUCAUUGCCUAUGGCGUCCGCCUCGCCAUGUACACCGGCCUCGCCAUCAUGAUGGGCACCGUCUGGCUACGCCUCCCCGCCACUCAAUCCUCCAUCCAGCCCUUCACAAACGCAAUCUUCUUCGGCUCGGCUUUCAUGUCUUUCAUGGCUGUCGCCUAUGUUCCCGCUUUCCUCGAAGAUCGCGCUACAUUCGCCAAAGAUAGGGCGAAUGGCCUUUAUGGCGCUUUCAGCUUCAAUGUUGCGAAUUUCUUGAUCGGGUUGCCAUACUUGUUCAUCUUCUCCAUCGUCUUCUCUGUAAUAGUAUACUGGUUGGUGAAUCUGAAGCCGGAAGGGGGCGCGUUCAUGAGAUGGGUGAUGUGGGUGUUCUUGGAUCUCGUGGCUGCGGAGAGCUUGGUCGUUUUGGUCUCGAGCUUAUUUCCUAUCUUCGUGGUUGCGUUGGCGAUAGUGGCAUUUGCAAAUGGGUUGUGGAUGUCGGUUGGGGGGUUCUUGGUCAGUCCGACGGUGUUGAAUGUGUUUUGGAGGUAUGUUUUUCAUUACAUUGAUUAUCAGGCGUAUGUGUUUCAAGGGAUGAUGGUGAAUGAGUUUGCGGGUCGCUCGUAUACUUGUGGGGAUGGGUGUAGGUGUAUGUAUGAUUCGCCGCUGAAGGACCAGUGUAAGAUUGAUGGGAAGGCGGUGCUCAAGGUCUAUGGGUAUAGGGAUGGGAGGACGGGCAAGUGGGUGGGUAUCCUGGUGGGCAUUAUUGCUGUGUAUCGGCUUUUGGGAUUCUUGGCUUUGCACUUCCGAAAAUGA